AUGCCGCCAGAUCCUUGGUUUCUCAGGUCUACUCACCCUGUCUUUCUCCCCGCUCACUCUGCCCUAGUUCUACCCGAGGAUGAAUUCGAAAUAUUCCUUCAGAAAGACCUCAAGUCAAUGGAGGGUACCAGUGAAAGCAAUGAAGCAUACCAGCUUUCUGAGAAGACAGAAUCCAGCGAAGACUCGGAGGCGGUCGUCGUGUCGGAUGUAUCGACAACGGCAGAUGUCCGAGAAAUCUUGGAUGACAUAAAUAUCGACGUCGAUGAUUCUGAUUCGAAGGACGAUGCACCAUCCGACAUGCAGAACAAAAUGCUCACUGAGAACGCUGAUAUCGCCUACCGCUCCACAACUGAACCGCUUGUGGACCUGUUCACCGAGCUGGAGGAUGUGGUCUCUGGUCCUCGCCUGCUCGAGCUCCUGGAGAGAGCUUGGCGAGUCGAUCCCGUGGUGACUCUAAAGAUCAUCUUCAAUUCACGAUCGAUCCACCUGGGCAAGGCUUCUCGACAUACCUUCUACAGAUGUGCCGGCUGGUUGGCUAAGAAGCACCCUCGGACGCUGAUUACCAACCUGCCCUGGCUCAAUCGCCCACUUAUCCAGAAGAAAGCCGAGAAAAAAGAUGACAAGAGGAAGACUGACGAUGACUAUGACGACGAGUUGGUCAUUGUCGAGGAGGACUUGGACGACAAUGACCCUGCCCGCUUCGACGUCAAGAACGGCGUGGCCCAUGGGUACUGGAAAGAUCUGCUCAACAUUCUGGCCUUGCACGUCAAUGACAAACUCGACGUCCUGUCCAACCCACGGGAUAUCUUGAACAUAGAGCGAGAAGAGGACAAACGUCUCUGGCCCAAGACCCAAGAUGAUGCCAACAUUAUUCGCCACGAAAAGAGGAACGCACGGCACGACGCCGCUAUCAAGCACUUCAACAAUGAUUCCAUCUACCGCGCUCUGCACCUGGCCGUGGCGCGCCUCUUUGCCACACAGCUCAAGGCCGAUCUAAACCUCCUCAAAGGAGACGAUGCUAGGGCGAGACGCAAUAUCUCGCUCUGUGGCAAGUGGGCUCCGUCUCUUGAGCGCUUCCACGACAAGCACACCUCCGUCGCCACGUCGAUCGCCGAGAUUCUCCAUCCGCUGCCCGAGUUCACUGGCUUCGAUACGUAUGAUCCGGAAAAUAUCGACCAGCGUACGCUGUACCUGCGCCAUGCCCGCGAAGCCUACCGCAAAGACCUCGCAGCCCUUCGCAAGCACCUGGGGUGCGUAGAGCGAGACAUCACUGCCAACACGUACAAGAACAUCAAGUACGAGCGUGUCCCUUCGAUUGCAAUGAACAACUACGCCGCGUUGUUUGCCAGAAAAGACACGGACCGCUUCGAGCAGUAUGUCGACCAGGUGGCCACAGGCAAGGCACGGAUCUCGGGGGCCACUCUACUCCCGAGCACCCUGGUCAAGAUGGUACGAGAAUCACUGCGCACGCGGAAGAGAUCGUUCAGCCAGCUGGCCGGCGAUCGCAAGCACAAGGGGGCAAAGGACCUGGUCCAGGCCAAAAUGGAUGAGAUAACCGCCAAGAGCCUCGACGGCCAGUGGAAUACGCUUGUGCAGCGCACCAAGGACUCGGGGACGCUGCAGAACUGCAUUGCUGUGGCCGAUGUGUCGGGUUCCAUGGAAUCCCCAGCCUUCCCUGACAGGACCUGUCCCAUGGACUCAGCCAUCGGCCUGUCUCUCCUCAUCGCCGAGGUGUGCAAGCCGCCAUUUGGCGGCGCGUUCAUCACCUUCAGCACGAAUCCCAAGGUGGAGGAAGUCGAUCUCGCCCAGACGUUCCAGGAUAAGUACCUACAGCUCAAGCGAGCCGAGUGGGGCAUGAGCACAGAUUUUGAAGCCGUCUUCGAGAAGCUGAUCCUGCCCAUGGCGAUCCGGGACAAGCUGAAGCCCGAGGACAUGGUGAAGCGCAUUUUUGUCUUCUCCGAUAUGCACUUCAACAACGCGGUUGAUAGAACCGCAUCUCCCUGGGCCACGUCCUACGAGCGCAUCGAGAAACGCUUCCGCGAUGCAGGCUAUGAUAUGCCGGAGCUGGUGUUCUGGAACUUGGCCGGGGGUCGUGCUGGUUACAUGGGCGGCCAUUGGGGCUCUCAAGGGGACCCGACUGCCCCGAAGCCGGUCACAGCGGAACAGACCGGUACUGCGCUUGUCAGUGGCUAUUCCCAGGGUAUGCUGAAAGUUUUCUUGGACAACGGCACAUUUGAGGAUGAGGAAGAAGAGGAGGAGAUUGUUGAAAAGAUUGGCGAUGAUGGUGAAGUGAUUAUUGACAAGGCGAAGAAGCGGAAGCUGGACCCAAUGAGUGUCCUCAACAAGGCUGUUCGUCAUAAAGCGUACAGUAUGUUGCGUGUUGUCGAUUAA